AUGCCGCUUGCGCUUCCCACCUUUGAGCUUGGAGUUCGGCGAACGCUGUCGAGCCACGCCGAGCAACUGGUAUGGUGGCUUACUUUUGGCGCGCUGCUCGCAACUGUUUUCAAAGCAGCUGUUUUCGCUCUUUGCAGAGACAACGACAGGUGGCCUCGACCGAAGAAGGUCUCGUACUGGAAGCUGUUUCGCUAUGCCACAGCGCAAGACAUCGUGCUGCUGUUCGUGGGCACAGUCUUCGCAAUCCUCCAUGGUGCAGGCUGGCCACUAUUGGCUAUCGUGUUUGGUCACAUGACAAACGCCUUCAUCCACCAGCAGCUGGCGGGCUUCUAUGAUGGCAGCAACACCAACUUCACCACGCGUCCGCCUCCUCAGACCUUCAUGGAGGCAAUACGGCGCAGCGGGGGGAUGUCCAUGUUUGACCCCGUCACCGUCCUCGAAUACAACAUCACCAUGAACAAGUUUGCACUCACCUACGUCAUAAUUGCAGCUGUCGUCUUCAUGUCUUCGUUUAUACAUGUGUGGUGUUGGACCCGAGCGUGCGAUCGUCAGCUAUACAGGCUGCGGCAGGAACUCUUCUACUCGCUCCUCCGACAAGACGCAGCUUGGUUUGACAGGCAUCGUGUCAGUGAAGUUGCCGCAAGAAUGAACGAUGACAUGGAACGUCUGCGCGAGGGAAUGGGUGACAAGAUGGGCCUCUUCAUCCACUACCUGUCUACGUUUGCAUCUGGCUUUGCCACGGGCUUUGUCGAGAGCUGGGAGCUCACCUUGGUGAUCAUGUCGGUCACACCGCUGCUUGCCUUUGCCUCGGCAUUCCUGGGCAACAUGGUGUCCCAAUCAGCAGCCAAGGAGCAAGAAAAAUAUGCGCAAGCUGGAGCCGUGGCUCUGGAAGUUCUGAGCAAGAUACGGACAGUGGCUGCAUUCUGUUCUCAAUAUAGUGAACUGCAGCGGUACAUGACUGCUCUGGAAGCAGGCAAGACGGCUUCCAGGCGCAAGUACAUUGCCAUGGCAUUCGGAUUUGGCCUCACGUUUGUGGUUCUGUACGGUGCCUACGCACUCGCCUUUUGGUACAGCUCGCUUCUUGUAGCAGCAGCUAGGCUGGACCCUGGCAGGGCAUUUAUCGUGUUCUUUGCUGUCAUGGUGGGUUCAUUCUCGUUGGGGAAUGCUCUGCCGCAGCUGAACUCCAUUGCCGUGGCACAAAUGGCAGCAGGGCGAGCAUUUGAAGUCAUUGACAGAAGGCCUGACAUCGAUUCCUACUCUGAACUCGGUGUGCAGCUGAAGCAGUUCACUGCCAACCUCGCUUUUAAGAACAUCAGUUUUUUUUAUCCGAGAUGUCCAAAUCACUUGGUGUUGCGAGAUGUGAGCCUGGAAGCCAACGAGGGUCAAGUCGUGGCCAUCUGCGGGACAAGUGGCUCAGGGAAGAGCACGCUACUCAAUCUGGUUGUGCGUUUUUAUGAUCCCUGUUACGGCGAGAUUACUCUGGAUGGUGUGAACCUGAGGUCCUUGAGUGUGCGGUGGCUGCGUUCCGAGGUUAGCCUUGUGAGCGAGCGGCCAACUCUGUUCAACUACUCCAUCGCCGAGAACAUCCAGUUUGGCCAGGAGGACACCACAAUGGUCGAAGUUGUGGAGAUGGCCAAGCUAGUUGGCAUGCACGAGUUCAUCAAGAGCCUUCCAAAGGGUUACGAGACCGAGAUAGGGGAACAAGGUUGCCAGCUCAGUGAAGGACAGCGUCAGAGGUUGGCUAUCGCUCGAGCAAUGGUCAAGACUCCCCGGGUUCUCCUUUUGGACAAUGCAACAGGAGCACUGGAUGGUGCGUCCGAAGCCCACCUUCUGCGCACUAUUGCCAAGGGUAGUCCCCGGCGCGCAACGGUGGUCGUGACGCAGCGUCUGUCCACCUUACGAGAGGCAGACAUGGUGUACGUAAUGGACGAGGGCCACAUCGUGGAGCAGGGCAAACACGACGAUCUGGUGGCGAAAAAAGGCUUCUACUUCCAGCUCAUGCUCAGCCAGCUCACAGAAAAUGAAGAUGCCGAUGCUCCACCACCUCCACCCGUGUCUCGUCCUCCUGCCUCAAGACAGGACGAAGAUGACGAGGAAGAACGGCUGCGAAGACGCAGGAAGGCCUUGCUCCUGGAAAGCAUCUCGCCGUUUGACCGAGAGUGCAGUCGUCUCGCUGAUGACUUCAUCAAGGAGGACGUCGAACUCCCAUCUGCCCGCAAGAUCUUGCAGAAGGCCAGGCCAGACUGUGGGUGGUUCUUCCUGGUGUCUCUCGCCUCUCUCGUGGUAGGAGCGUCCCUGCCUGUGUUUGCGGUCUUCUACAGUGAAAUAUUCAACACAUUCACCCUGGUCGGGCAGGAGAUGCAAGAUGCUGCUUUCUUCUGGUCCAUGAUGUUCCUGGUACUGGCAGCUGCUAGCGGCCUUGGUCACUUCUUUAGGACACUGGGCGUAGGCAUUGCUGGUGAGAACUUGACAUUCCGCUUGCGGGUCGCUGUGCUGGCCAACAUCCUGCGGCAGCACAUAGGCUGGUUUGACGACGAGUCCCACUCUUCAGCCACGUUGGCCUCUCGACUAGCGACUGAUGUUCCUGUUGUUAAAACUGCAGCGGGCUACCGCUUGGCAGUGAUGUUCACGGCGUUGGUUACGCUUGGAACGAGCCUGUCGCUUGCUUUUGCCUUUGGCUGGAAGCUGGCCCUCGCCUUGGUGGCUAUUGUGCCCAUUCUGGCACUGGCUGGUGGACUGCAGCUGCGUGUUGAAAAGGCCUCCCAGCGCCGCGGCGCACACCUGAUGAUGCACGCUGUUCAAGUGACCACGGAGAGCAUAGAAAAUAUCAAGGCUGUUCAAGAGCUGAACCUGGAGCCUACCUUCUUUGGGCUGUUUGUCAGCCAUCUACUGGUGCCACUUAUAGAAUCGCAAAAACGGAGCAUCCUCUUUGCGCUUGCCUUUGCCUUUUCACAAGGAGUUAUGUUCCUUGUGUAUGGCUGUGCCUUUCGUCUGGGUGCCUUCCUGGUUACAAGGGGCGAGAUGGAAGCCACCAAUGUUUACAGGGUGUUCUUCACGAUGGCAUUCAGUGCGGUGUCUGUGGGCCAGUGGACCUCCAUGUUGCCCGACUACCUUAGGGCUCGGCUGUCUGCCGGUCUAGUCUUCAAUCUUCUCGAAGCGGAGACUGAAAUUGAUGGCUACUCUGAUGGUGGCAUGAGGCCUGAAGUGAGCAGCCGGCUGUCCCUCAAGGGGGUAACUUUUGCCUAUCCGAGCCGACCACAGGUCACGGUGCUCCAAGGGCUUGACCUCGAGCUAAGCCCCGGAGAGAUGUUGGCACUGGUAGGGGCCAGCGGCUGUGGCAAGUCCACCGUGGUCGACAUUCUUCUGCGUUUCUACGACCCCCAGUGUGGGCAAGUGUACUUGGACGGAGUGGACGUGCGUGCAAUAAACGUGGGAUACCUGCGGCAGUGCAUAGUAGCCUGUGAACAGCGGCUGUGCCUGAUGGACCGCACGCUUGGAGAGAACGUGGUAUAUGGCCUCGACCCUUCUUCCGGCGUACCUAGCCAGGAAGAGCUGGAGGAGGCUUCCCGCAUGGCACGUCUGCACGAUUUCGUCAGCCAGCUGCCCCUGGGGUACGAUACACCCUUGUGUACCUCGGGCAUGGCUCAGCUUUCGGAAGGACAGAAGCAGCGAGUUGCGCUCGCGCGAGCAUUUGUACGCAGGCCCCUCAUUCUAGUCUUGGACGAGGCUACAUCCGCCCUGGAUGCUGAUGCUGAACAGGCUGUCUUGGAAGCGGUGAAGGAAAACCUGGGGGAACGCGCCUGCCUCAUCAUAAGUCACCGGCUAUCUGCCAUCAAGGUGGCGGACCGCAUCGCAGUCAUGGAGCAUGGUACAAUCAUGGAGCAGGGGACACAUGCGCAGCUCAUGCAAAUGCAGGGUGUAUAUCACAGGCUCGUUGAAAAAAGCCUGAUUUUAGCAUGACACAACGAUGAUCGCACACACGGUUUAGCACACAUUACGCGUUUGUCAUGUGAACCACCGUUGGUCAUUAUCGUUAUCUGUCGUACAUAAGAGGAAUACUUUCUAUUGCCUCCAGCAAGGCACUGCACAAAAACGCAGCCCACCACUGAACUGCAUUUUUCCAGACAAGCAUGACCUAUUGCAGAAACUCUGCUUUACGGUUAUUCUGGCUGGGCAUAGAUUUGGUUGUUUUACUGCACGUGGUGACAACCAAAGGUUCAGUGCGAGCUCCACCCUCAAAACUGCACUGUGUAUCUUGCUAAUCUCUAAUGAUGCCCAUAUCGAAAAAGAUUGCCUUUAUUCUGACACCAUGAAAAUGAAUGCACAUCAUCAGAUUGUGCAAAACAUAAAGUAAAAAAAGGUGGAGUAGUAUUAAUUGCAAAAGCUUUAAAUGCCUCAUCAAACGCAAAAGUUCAUCGCCAGCACCAGGGUAAACACGAGUGGCGAAAAGAUCUUGACGUCACAAAUUGCUGAAAUUUGUGACGUCAUCUUGUUGUCAAAUCACGGCAUCGUGACAUGACAUCGUUGCUUGGUCAAAUGGACUGAGCAUGGAGGCAGUGAAGAAACACUUUAGAUGUAGAAAGCUUUUGGUGGGAGGCCGGGGAGUAUCGAUACAGGUGGUUUUUGCCUAUCUAUGAAGAACGCAUAAGAGACCCUGUGAGUUAUUUGCAUUCACAUACUGCAUUGUUAGGUUGUCACUGAAUUGUACGUACGAAGCGGUUCCUUUGAAGCUAUCGGAACUUUUGUAUCACUAAGAGCUCAUUAUACAAGGAGCUAUGUGUACAAUCUUGUCAUUCAGUCAUUUCAAUGAGUUUCAUUCAUGUGCUAGAUUAAUUGGCAUAACACAGAUGUAUUUUUCAACACCUUUUGUUCAUCAGCUAGUAAGCACUUAGAAUGUAGAUUCGAGUCUUGCAGUGCGCUUCCGUUGACCACAAGGUUUUGCACACCAUUGCAUACAGAUAGGUAAUGCAUUUAAACCGCAAUAUAACAAACCAGGAUAUAACGAAAUAUUGGUUGUAACAACGUAAAUGAAGAAUAGUCUUGAAAUAAAUAUGGUGCUAGGUGUAUACCUUUGCAGCGAAUUUUCAGAUAUAGUGAACUUGUUUUCAUGUGAGAUGCAACUUCGCUUUUAAUGAGAUUGCAUAGUUUUUUUAUUCCAUUUAAUAUACCUUGCAACCUUUGUGAAAGCAUUCCUGGGGUUUUAAAGCAUGUAUUGCAUAUUAUUGUUCAUGUUUCAGAAUGCUCUCAUUUGCAAAAGUCAACAGUGUGCAAUCAUGUUAAUAGAUGAACAUUGUAGUAUGUGCAUAGCCUUUGAUCCGUACUUUUAUCACACAUUUCUUUGUCUGUGUGGUGCAUCUCCCAUGGUCCUUCUGACACUCCAUACAUUUAGGUUGGUGAGCGUGAAAGUUAUUUUAAAUUUACGGCCAAUUUGAGCCUGACAUGUACAUCAGGCUUAGUUGCCUGUAGUUAGCCUCGCGGACAUAAUUAAGAUGGCGUGUGUACUUUUGAUAGACUUUACAGUCAGUUACGGUGAUACCAGAGACAUGACGUACAAUUAUUUUAGAACUAUUUUAUCAGCAGAUGCCCUUGUUUGUUGCUAUCUGUUUGUGUCAUUAGGUGAUGGCUUCUGUACAUUUGCUCAGUCUCAUGCUGGGUCCGCUGUGUGUGACAAUGUGUACUUGUACAAUUCUAUGAAAACUAGCGAAAGAAGGAAACGGCAAGCUAAUGCUGACCCUCUGCUGCAUUGCAAGGGAACUGUGUCAGAUAUUAAUACUGGAUGUCAUUGCUGAACCACAUAUUGUACUGAUGUAUGGCGUGUCUGUGCUUUUAUUGUGAAUGCAUCUCGUGAAGUACUGUGUCACAGCAGCAUUCAUUUGUCUCAUUUUGUGCCUUUAAAUCUUCCCUCCACAUUUCGAACCCUCGAAUUUUUCAACCCUCAGCCUUGAAGCUUCCAGCUUUGCUGUUCAAUCAAGCUCACAUUUACGGACGACAUGCUCCUAGGUGUGUUGAAAACCUACCCAGCCAGAAAACUGUUGUCAAACAAUGCUCAGUUGAGAAAAAUGAGUUGUCUGGGGCCAGGUUAUGCAAGAAUGCAUAUUUUUCUUUGAUUCUAUCACCUUUUAGCACCUGUUGCAGCUAGUGACCAGUACUGGAAAUGAAAAUGGCGAGGCAUCAUUCCAGUCAAUCCAAGCGCUUGAGAAUUGCACGAUGCAAACAUUAUGGCUGAAGGUCUUGCCUAGCUCAUGUGCAGCACAUUGUUAAUUUCACUGUUUUUGUAGUGCUAACACGGUGUUUUUUAUAUUUUUGCUGCAGUAUUGUAACUGAAGAGUGUGCAUUAUACAUACCAUACUUCACCUGUUAUCUGCAUAAGGAACGAAUGCUUGUGCUUAAGCGCAAUGUCGUUAACCACAUCAGUAGCGUUACAUACUGGAUGCUUGCCUACUCAUUAUUGCUAACGAGCACCACUCGCAAUCUUCUUUUGUUUGAUGUAAAAAUUACUGUGCAACGUUUUCACUAGCACUGCUGUUGGCAGCUUCUCUGUCUAAUGAACAAAGCACAUGAGUCAUGUACAGGAUUUCUGUAUGCGUGUGAACACCAUAUUUUUUUGCACUCAGCAUUGCAUCAAAAAACUGUGGUUAGCUCAAUAAAGUGUACUAUGUAUGUGAAUGCAGUAUAUUAAGAAAAUAAAUGCUACUUAAGUUAUGUACGUUGAAGAUGCGAAUCAAGUUGCGUUACAGAGGUCUGUAUGCUGUCUGUCUUUUAACCUAAGCAUGUUUUAUGUUUUAACUAGUGAAGAAGCAUGCUCUUAAAAAAUAUGUCUAUUAGAUUUUUUCACAUGUCCUUUAUUGCAUGGCAACAUGUACAGUGACUGAAGUUACAAAAAAUAGGUAUUGAAAUAAAAUUACUAGUGCGGCAACUCUUGCAGUACAAGUUGAGAUGCAGAAACCCUUUCCUUUGCAUUCAUAAUCUUUAUAAGAGAUAUAUUCAAUGUCCCUUUCCUUUCUUCUUAAGCAUGAAUGUUAAGACAACUGAAAAUAAAAGCUUAUUGCUUCCAUCUAGAA